GUGGCAGUCAUCAUCACCCACAUCACCAUCCCAGAAGUUGUCUAGUCUCUGUGGUACCCUGAGCUGAAGCUGCUGCUGCUGCUGGUGGUGGAUCUACGAGUGGACAAGGACACCCCAGACGACGCUCACACACACACACCGAACCGAACCGAACCUCUACCGGACGGGGCCGAACCCUUCAGAGUACCUCGGUGAGUAAAACGAGCAAAACGGCGGACUAACCGUCCCCGCGUGCUGCGUCGAAACAAAGAGGUAUGAGGUGAAUGAAAACGGCUCUAUCAGAUCAGUUUGUGUCUUUAACUUUUUAAUUAGCUCCUCUUGCUCCUCCAUUAGCUCCCUCCUCUCAUACUUCCUCAUGGCUGAAUUAACGGCUUUUAUUGGGCACUUUUGAACCGACGUCGUUUUCACUCACUGUGGCGUGAUGCUGGCGCUAUUUUUACAUUCACAUGUGAGGCUGACUGCAGUCUGCCCGCAUCCGACCGACCGACCGGCCGGUACUGCCGCGUUUGACAGCCUGUCGCCCCGGGUCACUCAGCGAGCUGGGGGGUCGGCGCGGAGCCAAAAACCCCGGACAGCUUAGAGACACACGGAGGAGAGAACGAGGAGGAGAGAGAAGGAGAUCCACUGGAGUCUGGAUUUCUACUUGGUACAACCAGGGGCGUGUUCGGGGUUUUUGACUGGGGUGGCCCCAACCGAAGCUCUGAUUUAUACAUGAGUUUGUGUCUCACAUAUGAAAGAAAGUGAUUUAUUUAACAUUUCAGCUUUUAAUAAUGAUAAGUGUCUGUUAGUUUGCAGUUUAAAUGGUUUAUAAUAUAGUCACAGUUGUGUUUAAAUCAGUGUACAGUCACUUUACUGUAGAUAUUCCAGGGCUUGACGCUAACUUUUUUAAUUCGGGAGCAUAAGUUAAAAAUGUAAGGAGCACACAAAAAACUGUAGAGGCACUAUGAAAAUUGAUCAAAUAAUGUUUGUCUUCUUGGUCGACUAUUAUUAAAAUCAAUUUUAGGUCUUUUGGUAACAUGACAUGGAAGUUAUUGAAGAAAAGGUUCAAAAUUUGCCUUUAAAUUUAACACAAAAAUUAAGAGGACAAAUUAGGGAAAUAAAGACGUGUGUCUUAUUGGUCGACAUAAGUACUAGGCCCGCCCGAAUCGGCCAAUUUUAGCCCGUUUCAGACUAAUCGGUAAUCGGCCAAAACUCACAGAUUUUAGCCGAUAUUUUCAGAAAUAAAAUUUGGAGAAUUCGGAGUAAAAAGUAGUAUAUAGCAUACUGUAGAUAUCUACAGUAUAAAAAUAUUUUUUACAACUUCAUAAAAAAUGUAAAAAAUUGGCUGAUUAAUCGGUAAUCAUAAUUACUAUAGAUCUUGUUUUUUUACCCUCAAAAGAGCAGGUCACCUUCAUUAGCAGGUUUCUACAGUGGCACAGAAUGGACAAACUUGUAUCAAAACAUUUUUGUAUUAAAGAAAUUGCCGUUGGAAACACUUCAGUUGGAGGAACGAGAAGAAGAAGGCAGUAAUAGUUUGUCCUGAGAGACAUUUUUAGCCUAACAUACAAGCCUUGCUUUUAGACCAUACUGUUAGAUAAAGCUAACACUACUAAUCAUACACUUUUAAUUAAUGGCAGUUUAGUAGUGACGAAAUGUAACGUACAGGUGUAAACUUGAAGCCUGAAAUUGUAAGAAAGUUAAUUUAUAAUCUGCCUUUAUUUGUUUAAAGAAAUAAAUGCAAAGAAAACUUCUAACACCGUGAUUCAACAUGACCCACAUAACUGACAGUCAAAGUUCAGUGGGGCCCGUCCACCCCUGCCCCCCUUCGUGACACGCCCCUGUUCAGUGGAGGGCAGGGAAUCCUCAAUCACAGCUUUGAUUUCCACUUAGCAGAGCGGUGCAUGUGACCUCUAACGUGUUAUCUGUUCUGCACAGAGCUGAAUGAGUUUCACAUGCUAGCUCUCUGCGAGGGUCAGAGCCAAGGGCAUUAGUUUAGUUUCAGUGGAGGUGGGGGGACAUAGUUCUGUUUGGGGGGGGUCUGAGAGUCCUCUAACAGGGUGUUUGGACCAUCAAAUCCAUCAGAGCCCUGUUGUGACAGAAAGGAAGCGUACGUCCUUGCUUGUGGAUCAGUUUGAUGCAAAUAAAACCGGUUAUUUAAACUCGCAGCCUGGUGUAACUCUGCAGAAGUUUAUCAGUGAAGUUAAUGAACACUGAUGCACCCUGGAGUCCAAGUCUUCUGCAGGUCAGCAACGCUUUCUAUCAGAACUCUCAUAACAAUUUAAAGGAGAAUUCAGAAGUUGCUGGAAGGGAUACGUUCCUUCUCCCCCCUAUCCAAAUCUACACCCUUAGCCAGAGCUCAUUGGAAAGAUCACAUGCCAGCUGCCUCUCAUGAAGCCACUAUUGUCCCAAAUAAGCCAGAGCAGCUUGUUAUCUAAUAAUAAGACUGUGACCAAAGGGGUUCUCUGGUGGUGGAGCACUAAGUGAGUGAAUGCUGUGUCAUUUUCCAUCAGAAAGACAGGCGAAGGAUCUGGGCUCAUUCGAACAUCUAUGAAUGGAGAUCAACUUUUGACGCUUUAUUGAUCCCACAGUGGAGGACUCACUUUGUACAGAAGCUCAAGAGUCAGUGUAGUGGAAUAUACGAAGUACAUAAAAUAAUAAUUAUAAGGAUUUAAAGCAUAUACAGCAUGUUUGUAAGAACAAUCGUUUACUGGCAGUGGAACAAAGGUUGCAGAUUGAUAUUGCACGGUGUGACAUAAAUAUGACGCGUAAAGAUACGAAUGAAAGUCGACCUGAGCUACAAAGUCGCCGUCUUUGUGAGCUGGACUCUGACCCCUCUGGAGGACUGAUAAUAGACCCUUUUCAUCUCGGUGUCUGUAAAUCAGUUUUCGACCUUUUUGUGGUUUGUAGCGUCUCAUAUGUAAGUGUGUUUGGUAAGAGCAUGCAGCCCUAAAUUAGGUCAUACUUCUGUCUUCAUGGAGUUCACUGAGUCAUGCUGGUUUAUGGAGAACUGGCUGGUUUGGUUGGUGCUGCACCAAAGCUAAUUCAGUGGAAUUAGGUUGCGCAAUUUCUGGUCAUCCGGCUCGAGUGUCUGUGGGCGGUAAAUGUACUUUGUAGUACGCCAUUGUGAAAUAUUUAUAGUCCUGUCUAAUCUUUAUUGUUAUGCUGUUGAAGUCGUGCCAGCGCUGUUUUUACCAUCAGCCUGAUUCAGAAAUUCAGGGAAAGAGCAGAGAAUAGUUUCUCAUGAGGAGGUUGUAGCUUAAAGGAAGAGACAGAUGAGUGAAGAGGAGAUGUUAUCAGGACGUGUAACCUUUCAUUCUUACCGUCGGUGCGUUAAAAUGAAACCUGGUUUUGAUUCAGAGGAAAAGCCCCUGGUUGAACCAGAUGAGCGAUCGGUCUCUGCCAGGUCUCAUUCAUUCAUUCCUUCACAUGUGGACCUGUGCUAAGAUAAGCAGCUGCAGGAAAGAGGAAGGAGGCGUACAGAUACAUGCAUCGACAUUUUAAUACCGCCAUAAAACUUAUGCUGCAGGGAAGCCAAGGAAAGAGUCCUUAAGAGAAUGCAAACUAAAGCACUCAGAGCUUGAAGCGAAAGUGUUGAGCAGUACCACCUUAAAUUUUAAACACCUUUUCUGUUGUUAUGAAGGGGCGUGCCAAAGUGUCAAAGUCUGGAAAAGCCAUAAAAACUAUUAACUUUGGUAAGACGAUGUCGAAGUGAUUUGUGUUUCAUACGCCUGAGUAAUGCUGGCAUCCCGGUGAAGUCUUCGCCAUGCCGUCCCAUCAGGUGAGAUGCAAAUUUACACUCACAGAUGUUUGUCUUUCAUACUACACAUGACUUUAAUUUUAGAGGUGCAGGUGCCAAAGAUUCCGGUCCAGAUCGGUUCAUUUACGAUCUUCGGUCGUUGUUAUUCCACUAACUGACGGUCUCUCUCCAUCCUCUCUCAUUACACAUAUCUGAAUGCAAAAUUUCAGCAUCUGUGCAUCUGUUUUCUUCAUUUGGUUUUCUGAGUGUGCGUGCUUGUCGUUGCCAGGCACAUGUCAGAGCAGGUGAGCAUGUAUGACCGUGCGAUCAGGAUUACAGCGCAGGAGUGUGUGAGCGAAGGAUGUAUGGGGCCACAUCAUGCCUGUGAGGUUUAAGAGGUUAUUAGUGCUAAGCUAGCAAGUAUGACACAGGCGUUUAACAGCGGAGAACAAUUACUGCACAGUGAUCGGACUUGACUUGAAUAAGUGUGUUUUUUUUUAAGUGUUGAUCCUGAGCGGCUAAAAAAGUGUGAAAACUGGAGUCGUUUCAUGGAUUUCUGUGUUGGAGGAGAGACGUUUCACACCGUCAUGGUGGCUCUGUCGAAUCACACUCAUUCAUGAGGUGAAAGGACAUUUCCUCUGCUCCCUCCCUCCCUCCCUUCUUCCUUCCUUCCUCUUUCCCCUCACUUAUAAAAGGUUUCCUCGGAGCUGCUGCUGUCCUAUCCCGUCUCUACACGCACUACCCGGAGAAUUUGGAGAAACAAAACAGGCCGCACAGACACAGACAAAGCAUCUUUAGUCACUGUUGUGCCAGUAAUUAUCCUGGAGUUGAACCUGCUUAUGGUUGGAUUAGUCAGUUAAUCCAAUAAAACAGUUCAGUAAACUACAGUGUGAGGCUUGAGCGCACUUGUCAUUGUUGUGAACAGUUCAGCUUCUAGACCUGCUCUGUUGUCUGAAACUGUGAUUUUUGACAAUUUAAAGGGAUAUUCUGGUGUAAAAUUAAUUUAGGUUCAAACACAACGUAACACCGAGAGAUGAAUGUUGUCGACCGCUUGCUUCUCUAGUUAUACCAACUUUAGUAACGACCGCAACAGAGAGCGACGCACUCAACCAAAACGCCACUCUAUAGCCACAAAUAAUGCUCAGAACAGCACCUAACUUCAUCAACAGGACAUAUAGGGUCACAGCCAUAGUACUAGACACCAAACAUCUUUUUAACUUUGACUCAUUUCUUUAACAAAGAGACUAAACACAACUCACCUAAUCUCUUCCAGCAGACGAUUGUUUGUAGUGAGACCUCGGGCCGUGAAGAAAUGAUCAGAAAUGUUCUUCCUUGAGCUGCGUCACCCCGCUGUAGUCCGUAAUGGACUGGCCUGAGGUCUUCCUACAAACAAGCGUCAGCUGGAAGAGAGUAGGUGAGUUGUGUUUAGUCUCAUUGCUAAAGAAAUUAGGCAAAGCUGAAGUAAGGUGCUGUUCUGAGCAUUAUUUGUGGCUAUAGAGUGGCAUUUUGGUUGAGGUUUGUUUAAUUUCCUCCUCAGACAGCUGUGUAUUGCUAUCCUGCGGUCGUUACUAAAGUUUGUAUAGAGAAGCAAGCGGUCGACAACAUUCAUCUCUGGAGGGGGUGUCUAACUCAGUGUUACAGUGUGUUUGACCCUAAAUUAAGUUUACGCCGGAAUAUCCCUUUAAGUGGUGGAAUUAAAUUCAUUACGCAACAAUUGCAUCCAACACUAAUGAAGGAAUCAACACGACAUGAAAAUUCCCUACUGUACCUUUAAGUCGACUCCAGUCAUGAGACGAGACAGAGGGUGGAAAAAACCAACAUGGCUGCAGCUCCUCUUACUGUGAAUCUUUUUUCUCUGAUUCGACAAUUUUUUUCCAUGGUAGAAAAGUUGGACCUGCAGACAGACAGAGUUUAGCACCAGGACUCUUCUACUACUGAGCCGCGCUGUUGUAGUUUGACAUAGUUUCGCAUCAUCUUGGUGGCAGUAUAUGGUUUAACUCGUGUUUGUUGUUGAACUGACCCUCCAUGUGUAGUUUUUGGAAGUGAUUUUGAGCCCAUUCACUGAUUUCCAUUAGAAAAUCAUGUCUGCCCUCAAUGUGGCGCUGCCUGAGGGCUCACAGAUUACAGCUUCCAGUAUCGGUUUUCAGGCUUGUCCCUUUUUUACGCCCCAGAUUCUCUGAAUAAUGAUUUUCUCCCAAAUCUUUGCAGUUUUUUGCACAUUAUUGUUGAAAUAUCCACUUGGAGAAUAGUUUGAAACCAUUAGCUCAAAGUUAAGUGGUGGAAAAAUAGACUGUGGCGACGGUGACUUGUAUACAGCUACAGGAGUCUCAGACUUCUAACCUUAUAUAGGUGGAGUGUAUACAGAGGGACAGCAGUUAAUCCCACUCAGCUGUAACAGAGACACUCUAAUCGAGCGGACGCCUCGGGUUCAAGGAAGUUUUCAGGUAACGGCAGCUUUUUUGGUAAAGGGACUGUUUGUUCCUCCUGGAUGAAUGGACUCAUUGAUGACUCUCCCAUGAGUUGUCCUGCUUUGCUGGUACCCACACACACACAACCACACACACAGACACACACACACAGAAGGACACCUAACUAAACUCCAGCACAGAACAGAGGGACCUGAGGGGACGUGGAAACAUAAAUCCACUCCCUGUGGGGAAGUCUGCUCUCCAUUAAUGCCAGGCAUCAAUCUGUGUCUCACAUUCCCCCUCUGUCUUUUUUCCAUUUUAGCAGCUAAAGUGGGUCCGUCCUCAGUGAGUGUGUGUGUCUGUGUGAGUGUGACAUUUCUGACUCCUAACCUGGACAUUUAUUAAGUUGGAUCUCAAGCCAACAGCUCAGAGUUAACUGUGAUUUUUUUAAACAAGUGAACUCUGUUUUUGGCGAUUGACAAAAGCAGGUUUCUCGUCUCCAGCUGGCAGCUGUGUGGAUCGUGUCGGCUGGAGGAACAGCUGUUGUCGGUCGUAGAUGUACAGCUUUUAAAAACAGUUUUUAAAAAAUCUUAUUCCAGCGUGUAUCUUUGAAAUCGAGUCGAACAAAAAGGAACAUAAAAACAUUUAGUGAGGAUUAAUUCAGUGAAAGACCACAGUCUGAUUGUCUCAUCGCUUUACAUUGCAUCCACUGUGCAGUCUUUAUAGAGACCUUUUGUUAUGGUCUAAUGUACCCACCCCCCCCCCCUUAUUUGUAACUGAGAGGGCUGGCUCUCACAUACCAGCUCGAGCUCUUGGUGACCUCUCUGUUCCCAAGUUCAUAUACAAGUCCUGGUCCUCCUGAAAGUCCCACUGAAAGAUAAAAAGUUUAGUUUUAUCGCCGCCUGAUUAAAAAUGUUCCCAUUUCUCAUUUACAUACAGGAGUGGUCGAGUCGCAUAGAGUUACAGUGAAGAGAGCGAGCGGUGCAAACAAAAACAAAGCUGCGAAACAGAAAAUAGACGUUUGUUUGUUUCGUUUGUUUAUUAACUGAAUUGAUUGUGUAUUUUAUUUUUCUCAAACUUAUUUUAAAGCUUUUGAAAUAAUCCUUCGUCUCCCUUCAUUGCAUCACUAACCCAAACACAGACUGAAAACGACGGCGAAACUCUGUCCUCGCUCUCUGUUGGUGAAGUUUGGAGACCGCGGUCCGCUGAGGUGACUUUGAGCGCCGCACGUGUCCAGAGACAUGUUUGUCACGCGAGUGAAAGGCGAACCUGAGAGUCAAGAGUUACAUAUAUAACUUCAGUUCUGGUUAGCCGCCAGAAGCCUGGGUGUGUAUGUAUAUUUAUAUUUAUAUCAUAUGGACCUCAACAUGACCGAGACACGUGGAGCUGAGAGAGGGGCGAGGGUGUCGUUCCUCAAGGGCACCGUGGAGGGGGCUCUCAGGGAGGCAGCAGCGAUUAUGUAACAGCAGAUAAAAGUACCAGACCUCAGCAAACGCCUCAGUACCCCGGUGUUUUUAAAAGGGAAUAAAAAUAAUUUAUCUUGAGAAUUUUAAACUCUCUCCUUUGAUUAUAAAGUGCUCGACCAAACUGUGAUAAAGUCAGCUUUGUGUGCGAUCCUUUCAAAAUCCAUUUCCCAUCACAGCUGUAGAUAUAAAAAAAAAAACAUAUCUCUUAUUAUUGACACAAAAACUGAGCGCGGCGUCUGUGCGUCGUGUGUGUGUGGCCUGAAAGCAGUUGACAUGAGGCGGUUUGGACUCUGCACGCGGUCUUGAGCAGGAACUUGAACGCUGUGGUUUCACCCAGGAUCCUGUUUCUGAUUUCAGCUUCUCUGUUUAAAUAAGCUUCCUGAAGUUUGACCUACAGCGUUUUAGAGAGAGCACACACAGCCCGGCUUAUUAAACUGGUUUUGUUUUAUUAAUUAUUAUUCCAAAUCUGGGAGGGAAAUGUACGUUUUACACAGCGCCCCCUGCUUUUCUUGAACACUUUCUUCUCGUAUCGAUUCGUCGGCCGUCUUUCGUCUCGGAGAACCACCUUAAAGUUUCCAGAAGUAUGUUUUUGACUCUAGUCUCGCAGCUUUUCCCCUCACGGUUAAUGUCAUAACUGAGGGAGGGUCGGUUUAAGCAUUACUCCUGCAGUCAUCACAUUCCUCCGUACAGGAAGGAGGCCGUGCUGCAGCAGAGGUCAGGACCCCACGAUAAGCAAACGUCUGCUGUGUAAAUCACAUAAUAACUACGGGAUCGUUUGUGAUCACAUGAAGUUUAACUUUCUCCUCUUUAAUCUCAUCCCUGUGAGGAACAGAUGAAAGCUUUAGUGACAGCCUGGCAGAGGAGUGAAGCGGUGUUUGCACAAGCGUGUGAGGGUAUGUGUGUUUGUGUGUGAGUGAGCUCAUCGGAGGAACGAGGAUAUGGCAAACAACUCCGAGAGCAACAUGAGAGGCCCGAGGAGACGAGCGUUCGCCACCCUCUCUCUAUCUCUCUCUCUCUCUGUGGCCGAUGGGUGACCUGUUGCUGCACAUAAUUUACCUCCUGCAGCGGGUGGUCGUGUUUCAGAAGUGUGACAUUUAAGUGGAUUUAAUCACCAUCCGUCAAAGCUGCUUGGGUGGAUGUCUGAGACAGACAAUGAACUCUUGAAAUGAAGGUUUGUAAUUUAAACUCUUUAGUCAGAGAAACCAGCAGCUACACUCUCAAACUGGUACACUUCUUAGAAAACAGGCUGAUCGUGAUGCAGCUAUAAACAACUUCUUCAAGACUUCCUCUUCGCCAUUCACUCUCCAGUCAGCAGCUUGAGAAACGAUCAAGCGCUCAGAGUCAGAGGUGAAGUAAUAUUUACCUCCUUCGACAUGUGCGCGAGAUAAACGACACCAGAGUGUUUAUAUUCAGUUUCAAGCUCCUAUAGGGAGUUUUUUUUUACCUUUUAAAGAAUAUAAAAUUUAAAAUUGACAACUAAUUAUGGCAAUUAAAAGCAAAUUAGACGAUUUUUAUCUGAUCGUUUUUAACGCCUUAACAGAUGAGAGGUGGUAGGUGUCAGUCAAGCAGCUGAAGAAACAAACCUGAAGUCCGAACACCCAGGUUUGGAUUCAUUAAUUUAGAUAUUUGAAAUUCGGGCUGAGUGAUAUAUCCUUAAAUCAAUAUCCCGAUAUAUUGAUCAGUUCACCUCAAUAAUGAUAAAUGGAUGAUAACUACUCCACAAGCUGCUCACCCCCUCCCACAUUAACUUUGUCUACUUCAGCCGCUCCAACUUUCUCUCCGUCCUCCAUCUCCUCACCUGUCUUUCCCUCUUUGUUACAGACUGGAUGGGGCGGAGUCACGUCUCUGACGUAGGACAGCGUCUUAAAGGGACAUGAGACCAUAGCCUACCUACACACAUCCAAAACAAACUUUGAUUUAUUACUUUUUUUGACACCAAAUAUAUCAAUAUGGUCAAAAUGACGUCGGUUAUUGUCUUAAAUUUCGGUAUCGGUAAGUUUUUGGUUUAUCGCCCAGCCCUAGUUUCUUAUGAGUCUCAGUUUCGCUGUAAAUUCAGGCUUCAUCCUUAUCAGCUUCGAUGAUAUGUAACCAAAACAGAAGCUUGAUCUCGUGUUUGAAAACGGUUCUGAAAUUUGCUACAAUAUAAAAGUGAAAAGUUAAAAUCUAAGACAUGAACCGUUUCAGCGCCAGCCCUAGUUUCCCCUCCUCUCUACAUCCUGGUUAGUCAGUUAUCAGAGGACUUCAGUUACUAAUUAAAUAAAUGUUAGAGUUGUACUGGGAAGUGUUGAGUGUUCGCUGUUAUCUACUCCUCUGGAUCUGGAUAGACUUCGAGGACACGGCAGAGCGUCCAAGUCCAAGUCCAAGUCCACUUUUUAAAGACUGCAGGGGUUCAUGUGGAGGUCUGGAUCGAGUCUCUGGUCAGACUGUUAACAGGAGUUUGCUGUAAGUGACACCAACAGUGAGACGAGUUUGGAGGAAGUGAGAAUUUCCUGAAUACUGUCGCACAUAUCUGUGUGUGUGUGUGUGUGUGUGUGUGUGUGUUUGUGUGUGUGUGUGUGUGUGUGUGUGUGUGUGUGUGGGCUGACUCUCUGAUUUCUGACGUCAUCCCGUUUAUUGUUUCUUAGUCAGUCUUUCUUGUCCGCACUUGUUGGUUCUAGUCAGACGUCUGUUGACCUAGUCUCUGUGUAUUUUACAUAAAUCAUGAGUGAGAAUGAGGUCAAACUGUUUAGUUAUUAAAUCUUUACUCUUCUUGGUUUAUAUAUUUCGUUUCCUCCUUUUAUAGUGUAUUUAUUGUCCCACUUUGGCCUCUCUGCCUCUCCUCCAUCCUGGACUUCUCCUCGUCCAAAAUGUUAAAGGAUUAAUUCGGCGUUCAGCUGGACGGUGUCGGCCUGAUUCUUUGGCUGCCCUCCGAAGAAUUGUGGCAAAUGCUCGUGGUCGCACAGAUCCGUUUCAGUCGGCGUAUCAACAAUUUGACUCAUCUGCUUUAAACAUAAAACCAAGUGUGCCGCAUGUUUUAUUCCUGCAGAGGCAUCGCCUUACUCUUUGUUGACUUACUGGUCACAUGUUGGUGGAAGUGAAGCCAGUCUAGCAGCUCUGAUCCGGUAACGCCAUAACCAACGUGCAAGUUGACCUGUAACUCUGGGAGUAUAAAGGAAAUCAAAAACCAGUUUGGCUUUGGAUUUCAAGGUCAAAAAAUGACGCCCAGUCCAGUUCAGAACUGGUUCUUAAUUCUCCACAUUUUUCAGGAGCUUGUCAAUCUCUUAAAAUAACAACCUCAUGAUCCACUGGACCAACGCCAAGACCUUUUAUACUGUACCGGCAUGACGUGAAACUGACCAGAACAAGCCCCGCCCACAAACAGACGCUCCUGCUCGCUCGUAUCGUUCCAGUUAAAUUCAGAUAUAAUGCAGAUAAAUACUUCAGAUCAUUACAAAUGGGGCCCAGUCAAGGUGAAAGUCAAAAGCAUUGGUGCUACUGUAGAUGCCAACAGACUACCAGCAAACACAAUGUUUGCAGGACUUCUACAACGAGGAUAAAGUGACAUAGUCCAGGACCCGAGGGAGGACAGUUUAGCGAUGGCGCUACAACACGCUACAGCAGGUCCGUUUGACAAGAAACACUUCUGUUACAGACACUUGUCUUACUUUGUUAAAGCGGUUUACCUGUCCAGCAGAAAGGUUACAGGGUCACCAAGAUCCCCAAGCGUCCCCCAUCGUUUAUGUUGACCCGGCUUUUUAGCUCUUGUCCGGUCUACCUCCGUUUUAAGCGCCCGUUAUUCCUCCAGAGUCUCCGGUAUUUACUUUGUUUUCUUGCUUGUAGCACCUAACUUUGUUUGGACUCUCAAAAAUGUUGAAAUGUUGACUCCACAGACAAAAAAAAACAGUGAUAUCAUUAUUUUACCAAAUGUCAUCAAUAACUAAUAACUAUUGACUGAUAUUAAAAGCUCUUUAGUUUAUACACCACAAAAAAAGAUGCUUCUUUACCAGAAUCCUGCCUUUAACAACCUUGAGUUGUAUUGCGGGUGUAGCGACUUUAACCUUGCAGGGUUUUGCACAACACCGCCCCUGCAGGAGAAUAGAGGAACUGCAGUUGCAAUCACAUUUUUACUUGCAUCUUAACAGUCCGGUUUCAGCUCAGCUUACGCAAUAAAUUAAUUUUUUGAACUUGUAAACACGAGGCAAACAUGAGAGAUUUAUCAAAUAACAAAUUCAGAGUUUUGUGAUGGGAUUUUCCUGGAAAAUAAUGUAAUCAAUUGUCAAGGACGCAGCUUUCUAAGUACCUUAAAAUGAUCAUAUGGGUGUGUGCAGAUCAAGUAAGAAAGGUCGAGUUUGAAUACUAUCAGUAACUCAGUAACUGACUCGCGACUAUAAACAUCUGCCUCGACAAAAACAUCCAAACAGUUCCUGCUGUUGUUUGCAAACGCCGUCCUCUGUGGUGAAGACACAGGAAAUACUUAGAGAAGAAGAAAGAAGUGAAAGCUGCGUGCAGCCGGAGCAUUGAACCACUCACUAUGACAGGCUGACUGUGUAAUGAUUGUACGAGCAUGGUUGUUUACAGCGUGAUCCGGUCUUAAUGUCAUGUAGAGGCUGUUACACCUGGCUGUUCAUUAGUCGUUUCAGGGCCGGCUGAAUCUGAUGUUUGUGUGCAGGAGAAACUACAGCUGCAGGAAAAGUGACGUUUUUCUGCUGUGUAAGAAAAUGUAAUAAAUCCAGAAGAAGAAGAGAAGCUCUGAGUUGGUUUGUUUCUGUCCCUGCUCUCACUUCCCGGCCAGGAUUACUCAGCUCUUUUUUCUCAGAUGAUGCAUUUUUAAUGUGAAGUGCCUGCGUGCGUGGUUUGUGUAUCUUUAUCCAGAGUCCAUUUAAGGUAACCGUCCUAAACAGUGGCUGUGUUGAUGUCAGAGGCGGCCAUAAAUAGCUCUGUUCUGUGCAGCCUGAAUGAAAAAGAAGACAUUUAGAUAAACGCACUCAUUAGACAGGCCCUGGGACUAACAGCUGUUUUUAUAUGUGUCUGUGUGUCAUUGAAAUAUUUAACCCUCUGCUGCCGUUACUCCCGCAUCAGUCUGGGGCGGUUUUGCAGCUUGCGUGCAGGAGCAGGAUGUGAGAUGAGGUCGCGUUGGCUCCGUCACCAGAGAGGUUGGAGCUCGUCAGGGGCUGCUGGGUUUUUUUGGCUCGCAUCGACGGUUUUCCUGCAAACAUUUUGUUUACAGGGACCAAAAUAAGAGGUAGCUGCCCCUCUUUGGAUUUCCACGAAUCAUAACAAAGGUUGGUCCACAUCAGCAGGUACACCUUUAGUUUUGGAGGGAAACUGUAGGAGUAACAGUGAAGCUUAUUAGAUUAGAGAUGAUAAGUCUUCAACUGUUGUGGUUAAUGAUUAAUUGUUGAAAGGAUUUUUCUAUGUUCCCGGAUUUGCAGCUAUUCUGUGUCUCAUGUGAUGCUAAGCUGACUGAUGGGUCAUAACACGUCUGUGAGCACGCAUCCUCAGGCUUUGGCGAAUUGUGAUGGAUAUUUUCCACUUCUGGCAGACGGCCUGAUCAGUCAGGUGGUUUGUAUGGAGAACGCUGGCUCAGCAGAACUCACUCACUGAGGACAAAAGAGUCAUCAGUCAGGUCGUUGUUCAGAGCUGCUUCUUAUUUUGACGUGUCCAAAGCCCGGUCACAUUUCUGGAGAACUCAGGACAGCCUGUCCCUGAAGUUUAGACUGACGGGUGGAGAGGUUAGGGGGUCUCAGGAGGGAGAGGGUGGUGGUGGUCACCAUGAGUCUGACGCUGUGAAUGAAGGGUUUUCUUCCUUUAUGUCAAAGCUGUGUGUUAUCCACUGAUUUAAAGGGUUUAUUCAGUGAGUGAGGAGCGUAUUUACUCUGACUUUUACCUGCUGCGUUUAUACACUGACUCACCUGACCUCCUGGAGAAAUCUUACAUGAGGAGAAAGUCCAGACAAGGUCAGGGUGAAAAACUCUGCCUUUUACAUUCCUAUACCCUGAAAAAUAAUAGAAUAUUUUCAGGAAUAAAUAAAGAGAUGAGUGGUCCAGAUACCACACCUGAGCUGAAGCUGGUUUUAGAUCCUGAUGGGUCACAACUUACAUUUAAUACCAACCUUUGUAAUUAUGUAAAAUACAGUAUUGAUCUUAUCGUAUCAUAUCAUAUUGGAUCGCAUUAUAUCUUAUUGUAUCAGAUCGGAUUGUAUUGUAUGGUAUCCUAUUGGAUCACAUCACAUCGUAUCGUAUCAGAUCGACUUGCAUCAGAUCGUAUUGUAUCGCAUCGGAUCGGAUCAUAUUGCUUUGUAUUGUAUCUCAUUGUAUCAUAUCGGACUGCGUCAUAUCGUAUCAUAUUGUGUCCUUUUGGAAUCGCAUCAUAUCGGAUCUGAUCAGAUUGUAUCUGCUCUUGUUUUAUCAGAUCGUAUCGGAUUGUAUUGCAUCGUAUUGUAUCUUCCAUUUUGGGGACCGUGCUGGUCUUUCCGCUAAUUCAUUUUAAUUUAUUUUUUGCCCUCCAAGAAAUAAACCUGUUUCAAUUAAGUAAUUUUAUGGUUUAAAAAGAUAAUAGAAUGUCAUUAAGAGUGUAUUUUGUUUUUAAGGCUGUAUUAGAAUCUGUAUUGGAAGGGAAAUUCAAUUAAAACACCUUUUAAUUAUUCAGUCUGAUCUAUAACAGAGUAAACACUAAAUAAGAAUCUUUGAAAUUCCUUGAAAUAUGCUAAAAUCAUCUGUGGUUGUUCAGAGUUUCUGUCCUCUUUAAUACUCUCUUCUCUGCAGUUUAAUCAUCCUGCAGAAACCUACAAACACCAGAGGGUGAAGUUAUGAUGUAAAAAGCACAUGUUCUUGUCAUGAGAGUGAAAAAAAAAAGAAAGUUUGAGGUGCUUCUCAGGUCAAGUUCUUCUUCUGGGAAAAUCUGUGUUUUCAGAUCUCAGACUGUUUCAUUUGUUCAGUAAGAAAAACAUCAGCUGCUUGUCAACUUUUGGUCCUCCCUCCUCAGAACUUGUUGAUUUUGACUCCGUCUCUCCUCGUUCCUCCCACAGGUGCAUCUGCUCCAGCCUCAUCCUCUCCUCUGAACACAGAUCUCCACCAGGAACCCUCUCCUCCUCCUCCUUCUUCUUCAUCGUCUUCCUCCUCCUCCUCCUCCUCCCUGUGAGCAGACAUGCCUCCAGCGAUAGGUGGGCCUGUGGGUUACACUCCCCCUGAAGGGGGUUGGGGCUGGGCGGUGGUGGUAGGAGCCUUCAUCUCCAUCGGCUUCUCCUACGCCUUCCCCAAAUCCAUCACCGUCUUCUUCAAGGAGAUCGAGGUCAUCUUCAAUGCUACGCCCAGCCAGGUGUCCUGGAUCUCCUCCAUCAUGCUGGCUGUUAUGUACGCUGGAGGUGAGUGGUGUGGUUAUCAAUUCACUCAUCACCGUCAUCUAUUCGUCCUCCAGGAAACAGACACGCAGAAAAAUCUUUUCUGUUUUUUUAAGGAGUCAAAUCAGAUCGCUCAUCUCUAAUCCAGGUUAAAUAGUCUCUCUUUAUUUAACGUUACACACAGCAGCCAUAGGCUUGUUUUGGGUCUUAUAUCAGCGGCUAAUCCAACCUUGUCCGGUUACGGAUCUCUGACUCUCAGCCUGUAAUCCCUGAUUUGCCCAGACAGUCUUAAAGGUGUGUUGUUGUGCCUGUUGGAUGUUCUCCAAAAAGCUGACUCGAGUUGCGCUGGCGAGAGCGGAUUGGGUGUUUCCGCUCGACUCCUCUGGUUUGGAAAAGACUUCACAUGUCACGCAUGUUGACAGCGGUUGCUGCAUGGCAUGUGGAAAAUGUGCGGGGAAGACACAAUCAUAAUUUCACAUUUCACAUGACUCUGACGAGAAACACAGGCUGUGGAGCAAACAACCAACUCAAACCUCAUUUGUUUAAUACAGUUUAAUUCUUCUGAGGGCUCCCAGGAAACAAGCAGGUUAUUGUAGGUGAAACCUGUUGUAAAGAGCUUUUUUUAGCGCCCCGCUGGAUGGGCCCCGAGGUGAAACUUGGAUCUUUUAAGGGGUUCUUAGUGGAUCAAACCCUCGAAAUAGUCGAAGAGUCUCGAUAGGUUAAACCCUCUUUAAUUCAACCGUAGCUGCAGGGAUGUAAAGAUCAUCCAAACACGCAGGUGAAGAUCAGCAUAUGAAGCUGUCAGGAGGGUGUUUGAGUCUGAAAACUGAACUCUAAAUCUGGAAUAUUCAUUUUCCUGUCAGCAAACCCACAUUCAGCCGUUAUGCAACAGGAAGAAUCUCCAUCCCAGUGUUGAUUUCAAGGCUUGAAGCUCCUGUAAGGGUCACACCUUGAGGCUUUUCAACCAGGAUUGAAUCAUGUUUCCAUGGAGACGAGCUGGAGAAGUCUUAAAGGUCCUUGUAACAGCUGAGUACAAUUAGAUAAGAAUACGACACACUUUGAGGAUGAAGCUGUAGAUAUCUACAGUAUAUAUAUUUUUUAUAACUUUAACUUUAAACAACUAAAAGUUAAAAAAUCAGCCGAUUAAUUGGUAAUGAGAUUUUUAUCCCCCCCUAAUAAUCGGUAUCGGCAUCAGCCCCAAAAAAUCCAUAUCAGUCGGCCCUAAAAUAGAGGAUAAAAACUGAACGGUAUGGUAUCAAAACAUUGCCUUCUUGUCAGUGGUUUUCACACAUGAUGUUGAAAAAAGGAGGAGAAAUCUUUUAGCUGUCCUCUUAGAAAAUGAACGCUCGGGUUAAAAGUUUCGCCGCUCUCCGCUAUUCCGCCGUCUGCCCAGGCGCUUUUGCAUUGUUGUGGGUAAGAGUAGGCGAAGCAGCAUACUGUGAAUCAGUACAUCAUCCGGGUAUUUUUGGCAAAUUUCGGAUUUCUUCGCCUACUGGAAACCACAUACUAAAUUUGGGCAAAUCAGUUCGUACUGCUAGUAUAGUAGGCGAAUUCGAAAUCAGUCCAGGCCUUUUGUUUCUAUUUUCUCUCUCUCUCUGUUCUCGUCUGUCACAGCUUCAGUAACACUUCCCGCUGAAGGGAACAUGACAACAAGCUCAUAAUAUUUCUACUGGAUAAUAACCAGGGAAAAGACGGGCUGAGUAAACACUCCAUCAUGAAUAUAACAGCUUUUAUAAAAGUGUGUUUGAGCCCUCGGCUAAAACACGGUCCAUCCUCUGUGGAGCAUCCAUUCAGGAUCCCGUCUCCUCCUCUCUGCUGCUUGACCUAAAUAACUCGUUUUGUGCCUUGAAAUCAUUUAAAGAGAUCGGUUUAUUUGCACUGCUGGAACAACGGCCCGUAAGAGACGGAUUCUGAUUCUGAUCCAGUUUGAGAUUAGGCAGGAUUUCAGGUCAGGUUUCCCUCUUUUCUGUGUCGGAGCACAAAGGAAGCUCUCUCCUCAUUCACUCUCUCUUCCUCUCUUUUGAAAAAAAACAUCUUACAGUCUCUUAAAACCCUCUGUUCCCUCUUUUUACUCCUCGUCCUCUUUAGGGCUGCGUGCCAACUCGCAGUCUUACUCAGCAUGUUUCCGCGUUUAGGAGAGGAAACUGCCGAGGGAGAGGCAGAAAACCAGGAGGAGGAGGAGUGAAAUUGCGUAACGGGAGCCAGAUGUUAGAGUAGUUUCUUUUUUUUCUCUCUUUAAUUUUGAAGUUCUCCUCCGUCUCCUUAUUUCACCGCUCAGCCAGAUCAGGUAGUGACGCCUGGUGCCCGCUUGCUCCGAGGAAUUAUUGGCUUAACGGGGGCAUAAAUUACCAUAACCAUAUUACUCACCCCCCACCGCACAUGAGGCGACGCACGUACACUCAGAACGACUUCCACAAAGCCUCAGACACGUUUUAAUUUUAUCAUGACCGUGUGACGUCGCAGACAGCCGAGUCACGGUGCGAACCGGUUAUGAUUGGGCAGGAUGUUCAGCAGGAAAAAAGACGUCUGUUUUAUUAGUUUCAGGGCGUGAAAGAAAGUAACAAGAAAAACAAGUCGCUGCAUGCUCUGCUGGUAAAACAGGCGGCAUAAUUAUUAAACAUUAAAAACUGUUAUGGCGAUCAACUUCAGAGGGGGAGGAAAUGAAAACUUUUGAGAGUUUCACUUCAGAUGUAAAAUUAUGAACCAGGAAGAGAAAAGUAUGAACAACAAAAGAGUCAGAUCAAGAGUUAUGUUGAAGAUUAUCCAAUCAGUGCAAAAAUGGACAUGUUUAGUUCCUGAAUCUGCAAAAAAAGGAGCACAUGUACUUGUUAUUGUUUCCUUCAGUGUCUUCUCUUGUAUUUUUAAGAGUUAUUUUUUGAGGGCAGUAUGAGAAGAGCUCUUAUUAAAAACACCGCCCCUUUAAAAGCCCGGGGAUUAUUUUUAAAAAGUGUCCCGUCGCUCGCUCCUAAUUUGCCUAAUCUUGGUGAUUUGAGAGGUGUGUCUGAAUCACAAACACAAACAUGUUUCCUAACUUUGUAAUUCCUCCAGCUCCACAAACACACACACACACACACACACACACACACACACACACACACACACUCACUCACUCACUCAGUCAGGCUGGAUAAAAGCCUUUUUGUUGCUUCAUGUUAACAUGAGCGCUGAUAUCAGAGCUACGAUCCUCUGGUGUGGGAGGUGAAAGAGCCGGAAGAAAGAAAGAGAGAUGUGUGUCUGUGCGUGUGUGUGUGUGUGUGUGUGUGUGUGUGUGUGUGUGUGUGUUUGUGUCUGCGCGACUGUACGAGUUUCAGACUCCAGGGUCAGCGUUAAUAUGAGUCAGUGUUCAGUGUGCAUGGUGAUUUUAGCAAAUAAAUGAGAGAACACAUCAAAAUCGCUCUAGAGUGUGAACCCACACAUGACAAACAGACGUCCCUCUCUGAAGUACACACUCACACUCACAGUUCGGUUUCACGCAGCAAAACGAGAACAUGUGAAGAUAAAACCCAGAAGCGUUAUCUGACUUCACUGAUUAUCUUCUGGCUUCUUGCAAAUAUUCUGCACGAACAAAUGUUCACCCACGCAGGAUGAAGUAGGUCAGUGUAGGGCUGGGCGAUAUGGCCUCAAAUCAAUAUCACGAUAUAUUGAUCAGCUCACUUCGAUAAUGAUAAACGGAUGAUAACUACUCCAUGAGCUGCUCACCCCCUCCCACAUUAACUUCGUCUACUUCAGCCGCUACAACUUUUGAACCGUCAAGUAGUAUUUAUUUAUUUUGACACCGAAUAUACCGAUAUGGGCAAAACGACGUCGGUUAUUGUCUUAAAUUUUCGGUAUUGGUAAAUUUUUGGUUUAUUGCCCAGCCCCAGUUUCUUAUGAGUCUCAGUUUCGCUGUAAAUGCAGGCUUCAUUCUUGUGUGCGUAAGUGGAAUGUAACCAAAACAGAAGCUGGAUGUCCUGUAGAUGUGUAAAAGGUUAAACUCCAAGAUUUGUCAGGUCUGAGGAGACAUAAACUGUUUCAGUGCCAGCCCUAGUUUUCCUUAGCCCUUGUAGUAUUCAUAUUUUUGACACCGAAUAUACCGAUAUGGGCAAAAUGACGUCUGUAAUCGUCGUAAAUUUCAGUAUCAGUAAAUUUUCAGUUUAUCGCCUAGCCCUACAUCAACGUCUGCUAGAAAGUUGUCAGAUUGGCGCAGUACAGUUGGUCAGGUGCUCAUUCUGACCCCCCAGAAAAACACCCACAACUGACAUGUGAAGGCGGCCUGGAAGGACACGAGUCAAGACACUUGGUAUUCAGAUUCUCCAGAUGUCAGUCCAACAGGUCCCCGACUCAGACCUCCUACUUCUCAGAGACUGUGUGGAGUCUGCGGUCUAAACUAACCCUGACCUGAUGGAUAAACUUCAGCGUCAUCCAUCCUCCUGUCAAACGUCCAGCGGAGUGAUUAUGCGCAUUUCCCAAACUGUCCAGACGAAGGGAUGUUGAUAAGGCGUGAUGCAUUCGAGUGUUGGGUCAAAUCCAAUCAGCUGUUUCUCCUCUCCCUCAUCUCUUCUAUUUAGUUUCUGGCAGGACUCGACCCACCAGCAGCUGCCCCUCUCACUCUUCUCGCUCUCACACCUCAGCAGCCCUAAAUCCAAACACUUGAUUGUUUUCUAGAGUUAAAAAAAAUAAGGUUUGCAGCUCGUCAUCACAGAAGGAAAGAAAAGGAGCAAAUGAUGAAGAAGAGAGGAGAGGAGAGGAGGGGAGAGGAGGGGGUCGUUUAAAUAAUAUCUGGGAGAACUCUGCUCACUGCCCUCUUUGUGAUUUGCCAAACAGCAACAAAGACUGUCACUGCUGAUUUAUUCAUGCCGGCCCGAGUGUCGUUGAGUGGAUGCAGAGUCAUCCCUCUCCUUCUGCAGGUUUACUUCACCUCGUUCAUUCAAUCACGGCGACCCGCCUCCCUCCCGAAACAUGGCGACCCACCGUGACGGGCUCCGUGCCAGCCAGGCAGACCCUCAUGACGGACUCGACACAGAAACUAGGUGUCCCAGAGGGAGAGAAAAAAAGAGAGAGAGAGGUAUUUAGUGAGUGCGUGAGCGAAUACUCGAGCACUCGGCGCCCCCGGACAUUGGGUCAGCUGCCAAGUUUCAAGGGCAAAUCCACCAUGAUGAGCGUGAGGGGCCCAGCUCUCGCGGGACGACGAUCAUUUAUCUGUUUUAUCUGAAUUUACCCACUUUUUUAAAGCAGCCAAGAGGCUUUUGUGAGUUUCUGCCUCUUAUUUUAUUAAAAAAGUGGAAGUUUUGAAUGUGAGCAGAGGAAACGGUCUGCUGGGACUCACAGACUGACGGUUUGUUGACUGACUGACCGCUCUGACUGACUGUUUCCUCUGCUGACGUGGGUUUCAGCGUCCCGUCCCUCAGAAGCUGCAGGCUUUAGUUUGUAUUCGCGUCCAGCAGAGCCAGUGUCAGCCUCCGUCCAUGUGAAGCCUCAUUCAUAGAGAGGCUGGCACGCAAACUCAGGCACGUGGAACGCCUUGACUUCACUCCUCCCUCCUUUCUCUUCUCCUCCCCUCCUCUCUCUGUCCUUCAUCUUCUGUCCUUUGUAUUGUCCUUUGUCUCCUUGUUUCCUCUCUCUGUCUCUCAUUCCUUUUGUUGUCUUCUUCCUCUUCACGCCUCUUUUGUGGUCUCCUUUUCUUUUGUCAUUUCAUUUAAAACUCUUUUUUUAUCUUCACUUUCCUCUUGUCUUUCUUUUUUCUUCUCUCCUCCUCUUCUUUUCUGUCAUCACUCAGAGUUUCUGUUGUUAUUCUUUUAGUUGACUUGACUCAUUUCUGUCUCUUUACCUCCUUUUUCUCAUGUCUCAUAUCUUCUGCUCUGUGUUGCCUCUCUUCCUCUUUUCCUCCUCAAUCUCUUUUAUCUUUUCUUCCUACCUUCACUCUUGACCCUCUUAUCUCUCUCUCUCUCUCUCUCUCCUUCCUCACCCUUUCAUUCUGACCUCCCUUUUUCCCUCCCUUGUUUCCUCCCUCCUUCCUUAGUGCAACAUGCAUUCAACAGAGCGCUGUUACACAAUCGGUCCUGGUUCACUCUGUAUUUUUGUCACCACAGCACCUCCUGCUGGUGAAAAUUGGAAGUGACGGUCUGUUGUUACACAAGCAGAAAUCCUCUGAGUUUGUCCGCUAGUUUUCAUCUUGACCAGGGUGACAAUAUUCUGAAUUCCCAAAAAGACGACACAGCUACAUGGGGGCGGAGUCACAGAGUCGCACAAAGUUAAUUUUGAGAGUUUUUUGGGUCGGAUCGAGUGUUUUUUUGCGCUUCUAUCUCAGUAAAUCCACGUGACACAAAAUUGAAACUUUUGUACAAAACUGUGAACAUUUUAAAGAUUUUAUAAACUUCCUCAGACAAAGUCGGACAAGCCCCCAAAAAGAGGACAUGUCCGGGUAAAAGAGGACACAUGGUCAUUCUAAUCUUGACUCUCUUAACUUCUAAAUGAUUAAUUUAUGGACUUUAAGUGAAAUGUAUUGAUGAAUUUAACCAUGUUAGGUAUCAUGUUCAUGAAAAUGUCUUAAUGCAGGAGUUUAAAAACAGAAAAUAAGGAUCUGUGAGUUGCGAUCUGGACUCCUCCUCGGCUGACAUAAAUCCUCGUUUGAAGUAAACCUCGCCUCAUUGUCCCGUGUCUCUCCGUCUCUCCAGGUCCGAUCAGCAGCAUCCUGGUGAACAAGUUUGGAAGCCGACCCAUCAUCAUCCUCGGCGGUUGUCUGGCGGGGUCGGGUCUAGUCUCUGCGUCUUUCUGCAACACGGUGGAGCAGCUCUACUUCUUCAUCGGCGUGGUUGGAGGUCGGUCUUGAUUAUUGAGAGUCGAGUUUCUCUGACGGGGUCUGAAAAAUGAUCUUAUAGACAGCUUCUCUGGUUCUCCUCCCUCCAGGUUUGGGUUUAGCAUUCAACCUGAACCCCGCCCUCACAAUGAUCGGUAAAUACUUCUACAAGCGGCGGCCCAUCGCCAACGGCAUCGCCAUGGCGGGCAGCCCCGUGUUCCUCUCCACGCUGGCUCCUCUGAACUCCUGGCUGUACGAUGAGUUCGGAUGGAGAGGCAGCUUCCUCAUCCUGGGAGGACUCCUGCUCAACUGCUGCGUGGCCGGCUCCCUCAUGAGGCCCAUCGGACCCAAACCCCAACCGGCCAACGCCGAGGCGAGCGAAGGAAAGGACGCGGGGCCUCAGCAGAAGAAGACGUGUCUGCAGACCAUCAACUCCUUCAUCGACCUUACGCUCUUCAAACACCGCGGCUUCCUGCUGUACCUGAGUGGGAAUGUCGUCAUGUUCUUCGGCCUCUUCGCUCCCCUCGUCUUCCUCUCGAAUUACGCCAAGAGCAUCGGCAUCAGCAAAGAAAAAGCCGCCUUCCUGCUGUCAGUGCUCGCCUUCGUCGACAUGUUCGCCCGGCCCUCCAUGGGGAUGCUUGCCAACACAAAGUGGGUCCGACCCAGAGUGCAGUACUUCUUCGCCGCCGCCGUUCUCUACAACGGCGUGUGCCACGUUCUGGCGCCGCUGUCAGUGGACUACAUGGGCUUCGUGGCGUACGCCAUCUUCUUCGGUUUCGCCUUCGGGUGGCUGAGUGCAGUGCUGUUCGAGACGCUGAUGGACCUGGUGGGGGCUCAGAGGUUCUCCUCAGCUGUGGGUCUGGUCACUAUAGUGGAGUGUGGACCUGUGCUGCUGGGUCCUCCUUUAACAGGUGAGAUAUCAGACGUGGAGGUUCUCUCAGGUGGUGAAGUUCAGAGCGAUCAGUCUGAGCUUUAUGAACCACAACAGGUGACACUACUGACCGCUCAGUCGUGUUGUUUUUGGCGUCCUGUUUUCAUUUUAGUUUUUAUUAGUUUUAGUUCAAACUCUGUUUUGUUUACUCAAGUUUUAGUCAAUGAUUUUAAUCUUUUUUUAGUCAUUUAAUUCUGUUUAACUCAGUUAAUAUAGUCUAAUUACCUCGUUUAGAAUAGAUAAAACCAACUUAAUCCACAAAUCAAACAUGUUUAUUAUGAUAUUAUUGUUACAUUAUAGACUCAAGAAAACAUCGUUUCCAGCAGUGGAAUAUACUCUGAGCAGACUUUUUACACACAAGCUAGACACACACACACGCUGAGCUAGACACAGGUUACACACACUCUCAAACACUUAAGAUGUCUUUUUAGAUUCGUUGUGUCUGAGCAGGGCGACACAAAGCCGAUGAAACAGAAAACAAAAACAAUGUGACUAAACUAUUUUGUCUCGUCUUGUUUUAGACAACGAAAAUGAAGAGACAUUUACCGCAUUUUUCGCACUAUAAGGCGCCCUUAAAAUCCAUUAAUUUUCUCAAUAAUCCUCAGUGCGCCUCAUAUAUGAAUUCUGGUUGUGCUUACUGACCCCGAACCGAUUUUCUGUGCUACACAGCGCUCAAAAAUCUGUCAAAAUGUUUUAUUAAGACUUCAGUAAACUACAAAGACGCACAGCCUGAUGGCUUGUCGGAGCACUAUGUUUGGCUUAAUGCGCUUUAUAAUCUGGAAGCAGUUUUUAUUUAUGAACCACAGUAAGUCUUGUUUUUAUCGUCAACAAUAUUUAGUUAUAGUAAUUGUCACAAGACCACCAUUUACGUUUCGUUGACGACGAUAUUUCGUCACAGUCGUCACACUACCUCUCAGAACCUUCAUGAUCCGGUCCAAACCCGGUUUCUUUGUCUCUUAUUGACAAAAUGAAGUUCAUGCUGUAACAAACGAGACUUAAAUUAACUGUGUAGACUUUAUACUCGUAGUUUACGGAGGUGAUUCUGUGUGAAAUCCUCUUAUGAAGCACACAGAUUGUCGUUUUGACGCUCCAGCUGAGUUUUCUUCUCCCUCUUGCGCCCUCUACAGGUAGCUUCUAUAACUACUACCACCACUACGACUACACCUACAUUUCCUCCGGCAUCAUCCUCAUCGUCGCCAGCGUGAUCCUCUUCAUAGGAAUGGGCAUCAACUACCGCCUGCUGGACCGAGAGAAGAAAGAGGAGGAGAGGAGAGAGAGGGAAGAGCCCAAAGAGGAGCGCACCGCCAUGUUGGCUCCUCCUUCCCCUUCCAAAACCGGGGAGGAGGCGGAGGACAACAACGUACCGGCCGCCGUCACGCUGGCUGAAAUCUCCAAGAUGGACGAGGACACAGUGUAGGAAGUGUAAAUAAAUGAACUUGAAGGACACACACACCUAACAGAAACACACACGAGAGCUGCAAACACACGCUGUCUUUGUAGGGAAGUAACAACCUGAUCCACAACCCUGAAGCCAUAGAAAUUACUGCGGUCUUCACAGACUGAGACCUGCUGCUGUGACCUCAAGCUUCGCUCUCAGUAAAGCUCGUCAACAGCUUCUCUUUUUUUAUUUUUGUUUCACCGCGUUGAGACCUCUGGUUUUGGUAUUUGACGUGCCUUUUUGGUGAGUCCUCCAGGAGCACACACACGCCGCUUAUAUGAACACCAGACGAGACGCACAACAAGACAGAAAGACUGUAACAGAGAAUUCAAAAUCCAGACAACUAAUGAGGACUUUACUCUCAGGGUCAUGAGCUGCAGAAACACACACAUAUUCACACACUCAGAGUCCAAUAAUGCAGUUUUCGGUUACAGUACUUGGAGAUACUGUAAAGUUCCCUCAUCCUUCACACUUUUAAUGCUUCAUUCCCUCAGGGCCGAACACACCCAUGCUACUGUCAUCGCAGUAGAUCUGUCACUUCACAUGCUAGUUUUAGACGCUCAUGAACGGUUGAUUUUAGUUGAGUUUUUUUGCCUUUUAUUGACACUGAAACCUGAAACAAGACGAAGUUUAGGGAGAAACAGGAGAAGAUGAUAUUCUCUACCUGAGGAACGAUCAGGGCGCUCCUUUAUCGCUUGUUUAUCAGCGGAAACAUGCAGCUCUACUCUAUUAUAAAAGUGCAGUGUUUGGUAUUUAGUGGAAUUUAGAACUUUUUUGGUCAUCAGAGAUUUGCUGGUUGGAUGAAGAAGAUGAAAAACAGGAGAAGAAUUUGUACCUCUGCAUCAUGGGAGCUUUUUGAGGUGGUUCAAAUCUGUUUUUUUUCAUCUUUGCACACUGAACCUGUCAGUAACAGUUUUUAUUCAUGAAAGUCAGAAGUAAAGUGGCUGACACUCUAAAUGAUCACAGAAACUCAAAUAAUUAGACUUUAAAAGAAAAGCAUAAAUACAGAAAGAAGUUUAACAUAGUUUUGAGUAGGACAGAGAAGAUGAGGUCCCACAGUCACAUGUUUAUGAAUUUUACUGUAUAUUUCAUGAAGCGUCAAAUUAAUUCAAGUGUUUUUGUAACAUUAACACUUUACUAAACAUUUUAAGGCUGGUUUAAAGGUAAUAAUUUAGCUUUUUAAGGCGUUUUGUCUGUUUUUUAGCGGUUAGCAAAAUAAUGAGCAAAAUUUGAUGGAAGGUAAGCAGCAACCUCCAGUGUUAGAGAAUUAGGCCCAUGGCUAAGUGCAAAAACCCAAAAUGAAGCAUUUGAGUUAUGCUUCAGUCAGAUUUGACUGACAGGUGGACACAUGGACUCAUCUCCACCUCUUUCCACUUAAAUGUCUAGGGGUCGGCAGUUUGAAUAUGGCGACCUCGGUCUCUGAGACGAGGGUAUGCAGUCUGUGGAAGUUAGGUGUCAUUGCAAUCUUCAUAAAAAAGACCCUGCACUUAAAUUCAAGCUCAUGAGGACACUUCCUGCCUCGCACUGUUUUUAAAAACCAUAAAAAUAAGCACUUCACUGUUUCCAUGACGCAUCUUCACACUUGGGAGAGACUCAACUCCUGCAACAGGCCAACCAGGCUGCAUCAAAUGUGUUCAUUACCCAUAAGGCCACCUUCUUUAAAAGGGGAAACUUGAUUAGAACACUACCAGCAGGUUCAACAGUCAGACUUAAUAAUAAGCUGGAUCUCCUGGUUGGAGUUUGAGGCUUUAUUUUCUGCAACUAACCGACCGGUUAUUUUCUUGUUUGAUAAAGACGAGGGGGCAGAAAAAGUUUUGAAGAAUUUUAUAAAAGAAAUAAAAUGUAAGCGUCCAAUUUUUUUAACCUUUACUUGUUGACGGCACUUAAAAUGAGAACUGAGAGCAAAGACACAAAGAUAUAGGAAUGUAAAAGUAAAUUUAUGAAGGAGUUUUUUUUUUUUUUUUACGAGGAUCAGGAGUCUGUAAGCGAGGAGACCAGAAGGUCACGAUGCCAGCAGUGUAGAUGGUGCUUUAACGCUGUGCUUGUACAUAAAUAAGUGAGCACUUUGUGUGUGUAUCACCCCCCAGCCAGAGCAGCUCUUUGUUCGCCUUUGUGCUGAUAAAGACGAGACAGAUUCGAACAAAAACGCUCACACGGUAACUCUUCUCCGCCCUGCAGAUUUUCCCGCUGAGUGACCAGCAGGACGAGACCGCUCGCAGUAUAAAAUGACACCACAUGCUGGUUUUUGAGGGGCAACAAAAAGAGGCUGUGAUCGCACCCGAUCAAUGGGUUAACGGGGUGUGUUUGAGCAUGUGUGCUUAGACCUGCCUGGCUGUGGUGCCAAAAUAGGAGAGAUUUCACUCUGAAUCACACACACACAGGAUCCUAACUCUUCAGGAUGUUUGAUUAGAGACGUCGCAGUACCCUAGUGUUGUUUUUUAAUUGUGAAUAACACUCAGUAGUUUACAGUUAUAUCAACAAAACCUUUGUAAUUUAAAAGAAAUCUAUAUUUUAGCUCAGUGUAUAAAGACAAUCUGACGAUGAGUAAUCUUUGUAAAGGAUUUUGAUUCAUGUGGAUGAGAGGAAAAUGGUGUGUGAGUGAGAGAGAGAGUGUGUGCGUGUGUGUGUGAGUUAAAAAUGUAAUUAUUUCAUUUGUUUGCUGCAGUAUCAACACGUGUCUCUCUGUGCAGUUUGUCUUUAAGCCAUUUCAGAAUGUGUCAUAUCAGAUCCACAACGUUUGAGAUCCAAACCGACCUCAGAUCAAAUAUGCACCGAUCGAUCAACAGCUGGUUUCACUGCCGACAGUUAUGGCUGACACUCUGGUUCGGGGACAGUUUUGAUGUAGAAUGAACUUCAGGCACGUCUGAAGAAACUUUCCUUAAUUUCUCUUGUGAUGAAAUAAACCGAGGUUUUUAAUCCAGAUUUAUUUAAGACUUUUCACCGCAGCAGUUCUAAACACUGCUCGAUGGAAAAUGUUGAAGGAUAUUUCACUGUUUUCACUUUUGUUUGCUGGUUUGAUUUUGCUUCAGCCUUUUGUGUUCAAGUGAAGACUGUCAUUACGGGCUUAAAAGCACAUAAGAGAAUGGUUGUGAUGAUUUUAUAUAGUUUAAUUUUUUGUCAACAAAUCCUACAAAAAAUACAAAGUCAAACGAAUCUCAAACUUUUAUUUCAUCUCCGCAGGAUUUAGAGCUGAAAAUAAGUCAGUGCUCUGGUUAACAUGUGCUCAUGUUUUCACAUUUCAGUAAUAUCCUACAUAUACUGUCCUUAUUUUGUAUACAGUAGGAUUCAUCUGCAGCAGCAACAAUGUCAUUCCUCCUUAUAUUUCAGUAAAAAAUACUAUUUUGGAAGAAACACUGAUGCAUACACUCACAUGAUCGACUUUUCAAUUCCAUCAAGUAUGAGUAGAUGGAAUAAAAGCUUUUUCUUUUGUUUUGUUACAGGAUUUGUUGACAAAAAUAAAAGACGAUUAAACUACUUAAAGAAAAAAAUAUAUAGUGUUUUUGUACCUGAGCACUUUUUCUCUAACUCUUCUAAUGCCCAGCUCGGCGGUCAUUCAGUCAAACGUGUCAUGUCAUAGGAAAAACAAGUCUCUUCCACCUCUCAAACACAUUUUAUAUUUAACUAGGAAUGUAAAUGACUGUGUUUCGGGGUGCUCCUGUUUAGUUAGGUUGAACAUUUGUUGGUAUUUAUACUAAGACCAAAUGUAAGCUCUCAAUGUUUUGUUCUCAAAUCAAAUAAUCACACCAUGUUAAUUGUUGUCUGAAAGGAAAUGUAUUUUAACAGGAGUUUUAUGUUAUUGUUGGUUCUAAUGUCCUUCUGAACUAUCGACCCGUCUACAGACAUGAAUUUGAAGUUACUUUCUGUACACUUUGAUGGAAAAGGACGGCUGCUAACAGGCCUGCUGUCUCGGCGCUCUGACCUCAGAUUUUCUUCAGUUACAGAAGACGGACUUAACACAAUUCUUCUAACAUUUUUACUCAACAGGCAUUGUGAUAAAAAAAAGAGAAAUUUUCCUAAGACCUUCACUUAUUUUGCCUUUAAGAAGAGCGUUUGAAAGGCUGUAUUACAAAAGACUGUAACUGAACCCUUUGAAACACUGAAUGUGAGUGUUAUUUAAUGCAGGGGUUUUAAAAAAAAAAACGGUACUGUUGAACCACAGCAGCUUUGUGUUAAAAAAACAACAAAUCAUUAUAUUACAUUUCUUGAAAACAAGGUUUUUAUUUUAUUUGAGUUGCAGUAGGUGUUUUUAUGUUUGUAUGUGUGAAAUGUUUUUAUGACUGCAGAGUGAAUGAAUAAACUGUUUUUAAAACAA